AAUUGUAUCCGGAUUAGGAAGCGGAUUAGCAGUCACAUCAUAUCGCAUCGUGGGUACCUGGUACAGACUAGACAGCUUUCCCCUAAUCACAUACAGCCUAUACCUUUAAACCGCCCUGUAGGUUAGUACCGUUAGCUGCCCUGAUAGAGCACCGGUGAAGCAUUAUAGAGGAUACAAGGGGGGCCGAAAGCAGUACAAAUACAAACGCUUGGAUGUUUGAAGCUGUAGUCUCGCACCAGACAACUCGGCGGGAGUCGCUGCAUAGCUUGACGCGCAUGAGCAGCAGCAGCAAUGUCGGGGUUAUACCAAUCAGCUAGCUGGUUUGCAGUAGAGGCGCCAUUCCUUAGGCAACUUGCUGGUAUCUUGCCGGCCAUGCGACUCCUUCCUGCCCAACGGUUGAUUGAAUGCCGACAUGCACCCAGGCCGACGGCAUAUUACUCCACUUGCGCUCAUGUGAGCAUCGCGAGCUUGCCAAGUGGAACGCACAGCUCACUUAUCAUGAGGUGGUCGAGGGGUGCAGCAGGGAGACCCAGCGGCCGACCCGAGGUGGCUGCAAAGGCGCUUCCCUUCGACAGUUCAUCCGGCGAAAUCCUAGUCGCCGCGGAGGCCGGCGUCGCCACCAGCACGCUUGUGCUUGGAUGCCUGUUCACGAUGCUGGGCUCAAAGCCUACGGUGGGUGCUCCUUGCCGUUCGGGAUCUCCAUCAGCAGAUGGGCAGACGCUUUUCGCUUUUCUGUGCGCUACCAUGCCCCGUUACAAACCUGCAUUACCGCAGGCGGCACGUGCUGCCGUCAGCGCCGCUUCCGCGACCACAUCUAAGCACCUUUCGCCACAGCCGCAGCUACAGCAGCAAGUUCCCCACCAGCUUGCAAGCAGCGCGCCCGCCAGCAGCGUCCAUCCCGGUUCCCCAGGAUCGACAGGUAGCGCCGCUUGCCCACCUCAGGAGCAUAGUGAACCUUCAACCUCGGCGGGUGGCGGUAGCGGGCACGUCUGUGAUAGCCACACGGACAGCAAUAGCGGCAGUGGAGCCCGCAAUUGCCACACCAACGACAGUGGCGGGAACGGGAGCAGCAGCGGGGGGCAUGGAGACCAUGGCGGCGGUUUCAGCGGCGGCCGGGGAGGCUCCAGCGGAGGAUGGGACGGGGGCUGGGGCAGGGGCUUUGGCGCUGCUGGUGACAGCGGCGGCGGCAUACCCCGCGGCGGCAUCGCUGCUUGCCUGCUGGCCAUGGCCGCUGCGCUGGCCCUGGUUGGCCCCUGGUCCAACACGUUGAGGCGGCUUCUAGGCAGCGACUUCCAAGACCACCAUGUGCUCCGAAACCAGCAGCAGCAGCAACUGCAUCAGCCGGUCGAUUACCUGCGGCAAGAAGCCCCGGGCGCGCGUCCUUCGCAGCGGCCCAGUGCAAGAUGGGAGCUACCGGGUAGCGGAGCAGGUAGCAGCUUUGCCAUCCGCAUGCGUCGUAUCGCUUGCCCGGGGUUCCCAGCCGGACGACGCCUGCUGGGAGCUUGGCCCGCCUGGCUCCCGUUGUACGAGCACAACUGCCAGCGGCUGGCCUUGCCGUACAGCGACGAGCAUGACGUCCAGCAGGACGCCACAGAGCGGCUGAUGGCAGCGAGGCUGAUGCAGGAGCAGAACGCCUGGAUGCAUGCGGAUCCUUACGGCUUUUCGCAUGGGGGCGAUGAGUUGGCGUUGCGGGCCCCACAACAGCCGCAACAGGAACCGCGGCAGCAAUGCCACCAUGCAUCCGGGAGGCGCAGCAGGUCGGCAUCGCGCGCUCAUCAUGCUGCUGCUGGCGACCGCGGUGCCAGCAGCAGCGGCAGCAUCAGAGAGGUAUCACCGGAACGCUUGCAUACAUCAGCAGCCCGGCGGUUCGCUGGGCGGGUGGCCGGGCCUGGGCGCGAAAAUGCGCUGCGGCGGCGGACGGUAUCGGGGAGGUUGAAAACACCCGUUGCUGGUGCUGACGGAGGGGAGGGGUGCGCUUCCGGGCGGGGGCAUGGCGGGAUGAAGACAGUGAACCUGCGGGAGGAGAUUGCGGCGCUGGGUGCGAUGAAGGAGAGGCUGCAGGCUGCACACGACCGUGCGGAGGGGUGGCUGCUGGCGAGCCAGGGAAGCGGGGUCGCGUUGGCGUAGGAGUUGCCGAGGAUGCAGCUGGCGGCUUGGGGUGGCGUUGGGGGCUGAAGCAGCGGGUUUUUCAUGCUUGUUUGCAUGGUAGGUGAUUAACAACAGCGCUGCAGUUAUCGAGGAGGGCAUUGUGAAGGUUCUUAGUGUGUCGUGUGAUUCCUAGGUUCGUAUGCAGUGGAAACAUUGGAAGGCGUGACCCUUUUGUGCAAACCUUGUGAACUAAACCGGUGUCAGGCGUGCAAGUGUCGUACAUAGAAUAUCGUCAGAGCCCAAAUCUGCAAGUGUGGGCGCAGGUUUUACGGCCUCCCUUACAAACAUCGUUGGUACAGUUGCAGUUGAGGGUAGUUCGAACGUAAUGGCUUUUAAUGUUUCAUAACGGUCGUCAAUGUGGCUUGCACAUAGCUCAGGACCGGUCAUAAAGUACCAUGCAUAGUUACCUGGAAUGCGGUACCCAUGCUAGUUACUAAGCGGCAACCUUGGCAAGAGAGUGGCACAUACCGGUACCAUGUAACUACUUUCCAGCUG